AGUGCAGUGAACCCCGACGGUAAAUCGCUGAUUUUCCUCGGUUAAAAACAAAAUCCUGAGAGGUGAAGAGCGUCACGGAUGCUAUCUGUGAAGUGCGGCGCUCUGUUUGGUUGUGCUAUUGGACUCUGAAGAUGUCUACGUUGAGUGUGAGGGCACCUGGUUUACAAACCACUAUGCUGCUGGACAGUCGGUCGGUGCGCGUGCGCGGAAUGACCAACCUAGAUGGCGUCAGGAAGAACUUGUUUGGAUGUACGGACAGAGAGGAAAACAGAAGGUUUGCGGAAAGAGAACUCGCUAGGCAGUUGAAGCAAGACAGCGAGAAAUGGGGCUUUGAUUUUGCGAAAGAAGUGCCUUUACCUGGUGAGCAGCGGUUCGUGUGGAGUCUGGUGCCGGCAGCGGCAAUCCCCGCGGCUCUGAGACGAGCACCGAUCACCAUUACAACACCCCAGCCAAGCACACCAUCGCAAGAGGCGAAGGUUUCGAGUCCCGAGAGCAGCAGUAAAACACAGAAGAGAAUUACAGAUUACCUGAAACCACGUAAGCGGUUAUCAAAUGGCGGCAAGAAAUCCCCCGCGCACAAGCACGAGUGUGGUCACAGAGCUCAUAUUCGCCCACCAAAAGUCGCGCGUCUUACGCCCGCACACUUCAAGCGGCCCAGCUAGGCCCACUCAUGCCAAAACACUCGACCAACAGACAAAUACUUGCCGCAAAAUAUCAACUCGAUUAAAAAAUAGAUUCUAACUACAUGUUAUGUUUAUCAAGUACACCAAAAAAUAAUAUAUCCUCAAUGCAGUACGCAGUAUUCCUAAAACUUUAUUGGGAAAACGAAAAUCACCAAAAUUCAAAACUUAGGUAGGUUGGGUUGGACAAACAUUGUGCAAAUUUAUUUUAUUUCUUUAUUUAUUUUGAAUGUGAUUGUUUUCGCGCGGAGAACAAUUUAUUUAAAGUUAAGUAUUUUUUAAGAUAGUUUCGAAACUUUAUACCAAGGUUAAAUUAAGAAUCUAUACUGUAGUUACGAUCUAUGCAUAAUGGAUCAACCGGUUUUAUAACGACACAGCUUUUAAUAGAUUUUUACUUUCUCCAUUGUCCUAUCACAUCCCAUCAUAAUAAUGUUUUGCUCAAUGCUUCUCACAAUCAGCGCACGGAACACAUGAAAUUGAACCACAAACCGCUUAACAAACAAACCUCUUGCAAUAUUUACAAUAUUUAUAGAUUUAUUUAUAAGUUUUAUGAUCUCUUUUGACGCCUAGACAUAAUUAUGGUUAAGUAUAACAGUAAUUAGUGCUAAGAUUUCAGGUUAAUUAAUAAGUUUUGGGUGUUAUUUCUCUUUGUCAAGAAUGUUAAAUUCUCUAUUGUCAUUAAAUUGUAAAUACCUUGAAAAUGCUAAAUUGAUAGGUCGGAAUCAAAUUUUGACUGCAUACCAUUGGAGCAUUUUCGAAGUAUUUCCAAAAACUCGAACUAGAUUAUCUCUUUUAUCGUUUUCGUUGAUAUAGCACGAGAAAGAUAAAAAAGAUUACAGCUGGUCGUAAUACAAAAGAUUGGACCCAAAUUGUUUUUUGAAGAACAUGGUAGGAACAGUGUUUUAGCGUAUACGAAAUACAAAUACUCAAAUGUAAAUGAACCAAUCCGUUACCUCACUAGUAACAGAAACUUUGCGAUGAUAUAAAUAUAAUAAAUGAUAAUGAGCGGCAACCUCUAAUUUUUAAUGAUUUGAAUUGAGUAUUUGUGUUUAAACAAUAUUACUCUUAUUACAAAUUAUAUAUGUUUUGUUGUUGUAUUAUAAUGGAUUAUAUCUUUAUCAAUA